UGGGCCGUGCCGAGCCAGGACAGGCCCGGGUGGGGGCCCUGACUUGGCGGUGCGGGGGACAGGCGACUAGGGCAGCCCGCAUCUGGCUGAGGUCCCCGCCCCGUCCUGGCCGGGCCAGCCUGUCUGUCAUUCACCGGGGCGGAGGCAGCGACUGUAGAGGGGCCGUAGCCGGGCUGCGAGCUAAGCGCGGGCCGGCCAAGCCAACGGAGGGGCGCCACUAUAGCCCCCCAACUCCAUCGACUCUUUGCCCCAGACCCUCGGAACUGCACCCCUGCGCUUCCUUGGACGCCUCCGUAUUCCCGCGAAGGGCUCUCCCCCAGCCCCGUGACCUCCUCAGGGAACCCAGGAGCUCACCCAGACGAGGGUGUUGUGGGUACGGGGGGGCCGUUGACCCUGUGACCCUCCAGGUCAGGGCCUCGAUUUCCCCCACAGGCCUGCCUCAUCUGUGACUUCUGGUUCUAGAGACAGAGCCGUGACCUACCAUUAGGACCCCCGUCUGAGAGCGCCUCACUGUCGCCUUCUAGGAGGCCUCUCAGUGGGUUCUCUGAAGUGCACCCUUCUUUUUUGAUCUCUGCUAGCCCCUCAAACGAGGUGGGGAGGCCUUGGCAGCCAUGCCCGUCCUGGGCACCCCCUCACCCCAACGCUUCCUGGGCACUCAAGCCGGGGUCUAGCAGGGGGCGGGCAGCCAAAAGGCUGGGGCAAGAGGCAGAUCAGGGUCUACCUCCCUGCAAGGCAGGGAGCAAAGAUGGAGCGGCGGGAGGAGCAGCUGGGGGCUGCAGGGGCUGGAGCAGCACCAGCCCUGGACUUCACUGUGGAGAACGUGGAGAAGUCAGGGAGAGGGAGCAUCUUACAAGACCAAGUCACACCCUCUGUUCUGGGCUCGGGCAGGAUCCAGAGUAGCCAGACCUGCUCAGUCCUGUGCUGUCCUGCAGGCGCUGCACCAGCUCUACUACGACCCCAAUAUUGAGAACAAGAACCUGGCCCAGAAGUGGCUGAUGCAGGCCCAGGUCUCUCCACAAGCCUGGCAUUUCAGCUGGCAGCUUCUGCAACCGGACAAGGUGCCUGAGAUCCAAUACUUUGGCGCCAGUGCCCUGCACAUCAAGAUCUCUCGCUACUGGAGUGACAUCCCCGCUGACCAGUAUGAAAGCCUGAAGGCACAGCUCUUCACCCAGAUCACCCGCUUUGCCAGUGGCUCCAAGAUUGUGCUGACUCGGCUGUGUGUGGCGCUGGCUUCACUGGCCCUCAGCAUGAUGCCUGACGCCUGGCCAUGUGCUGUAGCGGAUAUGGUACGGCUCUUCCAGGCUGAGGACUCCCCGGUGGAUGGCCAGGGCCGUUGCCUAGCCUUGCUAGAGCUGCUGACAGUACUGCCUGAGGAGUUUCAGACCAGCCGCCUGCCCCAGUACCGCAAAGGUCUGGUGCGGGCCAGCCUGGCGGUGGAGUGCGGGGCGGUCUUCCCGUUGUUGGAGCAGCUGCUGCAGCAGCCCGGCUCACCCAGCUGUGUGCGGCAGAAGGUGCUCAAGUGCUUCUCCAGCUGGGCGCAGCUCGAGGUCCCGCUGCAGGACUGUGAGGCUCUCAUUCAGGCUGCCUUCGCCGCUCUGCAGGACUCGGAGCUCUUCGACAGCAGUGUGGAGGCCAUUGUCAAUGCCAUCUCACAACCUGACGCCCAGAGGUACGUGAACACGCUUCUGAAACUCAUCCCGCUGGUGCUGGGACUGCAGGAACAGCUACGGCAGGCAGUGCAGAAUGGGGACAUGGAGACCUCUCAUGGCAUCUGUCGCAUUGCUGUGGCCCUGGGCGAGAACCAUUCCAGGGCCUUGCUGGACCAAGUAGAGCACUGGCAGAGCUUCCUGGCACUUGUCAACAUGAUCAUGUUCUGCACGGGCAUCCCUGGCCAUUAUCCUGUCAAUGAGACCACCAGCUCCCUAACCCUUACCUUCUGGUACACGCUGCAGGAUGACAUUCUGUCUUUUGAGGCAGAGAAGCAGGCUGUGUACCAGCAGGUGUACCGGCCAGUCUACUUCCAGCUGGUGGAUGUGCUUCUGCACAAGGCCCAGUUUCCUUCUGAUGAGGAAUAUGGAUUCUGGUCCUCAGAUGAGAAGGAGCAGUUCCGAAUUUACAGGGUCGACAUCUCAGACACGCUCAUGUAUGUCUAUGAAAUGCUGGGGGCUGAGCUGCUCAGUAACCUCUAUGACAAGCUGGGCCGUUUGCUCACCAGCUCAGAGGAGCCGUACUCCUGGCAGCACACAGAAGCCUUGCUCUAUGGCUUCCAGUCCAUCGCGGAGACCAUCGAUGUCAACUAUUCUGAUGUGGUACCGGGGCUCAUUGGCCUCAUCCCACGGAUCAGCAUCAGCAAUGUGCAACUUGCAGAUACUGUCAUGUUCACCAUUGGAGCUCUGUCUGAAUGGCUGGCUGACCAUCCUGUUAUGAUCAACAGUGUUCUACCCCUUGUGCUGCAUGCACUAGGCAAUCCUGAGCUGUCUGUCUCUUCUGUGUCCACCCUCAAGAAGAUCUGCCGAGAGUGCAAGUAUGACCUGCCACCCUAUGCUGCCAACAUCGUAGCUGUCUCCCAGGAUGUGCUCAUGAAACAGAUCCAUAAGACAAGUCAGUGUAUGUGGCUGAUGCAGGCACUGGGCUUCUUGCUGUCAGCCCUGCAGGUGGAGGAGAUCCUUAAGAACCUGCACUCGCUCAUUUCACCCUACAUCCAGCAGCUUGAGAAGCUGGCCGAGGAGAUACCCAAUCCUUCCAACAAGCUGGCCAUUGUCCACAUCUUGGGACUUCUUUCUAACCUCUUCACUACGCUGGACAUCAGUCAUCAUGAGGACGAUCAUGAAGGCUCUGAGCUCCGGAAGCUGCCAGUGCCACAGGGACCCAACCCAGUGGUGGUGGUGCUGCAGCAGGUCUUCCAGCUUAUCCAGAAGGUGCUGAGCAAGUGGUUGAAUGAUGCCCAGGUGGUUGAGGCGGUAUGCGCUAUCUUUGAGAAGUCUGUUAAGACAUUACUGGAUGAUUUUGCUCCCAUGGUGCCACAGCUGUGUGAGAUGCUGGGUCGGAUGUAUAGCACCAUCCCCCAGGCCUCAGCUCUUGACCUCACUCGACAGCUGGUUCACAUCUUUGCUCAUGAGCCUGCCCACUUCCCCCCAAUAGAGGCCCUCUUCCUGCUCGUCACCUCCGUCACACUCACUCUCUUCCAGCAAGGGCCCAGGGAUCAUCCUGAUAUUGUUGAUUCAUUUAUGCAACUCCUGGCACAGGCUCUGAAGCGAAAGCCAGAUUUGUUCCUGUGUGAACGAUUGGAUGUCAAAGCUGUGUUCCAGUGUGCUGUGCUGGCCCUCAAGUUUCCCGAGGCACCUACUGUCAAGGCCUCCUGUGGCUUUUUUACUGAGCUGCUGCCUCGGUGUGGGGAAGUAGAGUCCGUGGGAAAGGUGGUACAGGAGGAUGGUCGUAUGCUGCUCAUAGCAGUGCUGGAGGCCAUUGGAGGCCAGGCCUCCCGCAGCCUCAUGGACUGCUUUGCUGACAUCCUGUUCGCCCUGAACAAGCACUGCUUUAGUCUCCUGAGCAUGUGGAUCAAGGAGGCACUACAGCCACCUGGCUUUCCCUCGGCCCGCCUCAGCCCUGAGCAGAAAGAUACCUUCAGCCAGCAGAUCCUUCGUGAGCGAGUGAACAAGAGGCGGGUGAAGGAGAUGGUGAAAGAGUUCACACUUCUGUGCCGGGGGCUACAUGGCACAGACUACACAGCUGACUACUGAGGGGCACCCCUGUCCCACCCACCCCUUUUCAUCCCACCCAUUCCCAAAAAGUAAACCUGGACCCUCA